GCCUAGGCCGGCCCGCCCGAUCAACUGCUCCUGCCUGGCCCGCCCCGAACGCGGGAGAAGAGUGCGCGGGAAGACAGUUUCCACCCGGCUCGGCGGCCGUAGCGACCCAUUCAACCCCCACAAUCCUGACCGGCCUCCGCUUUUGCACCCCUGACUCCCUGAGGUCUCCCGAAUCUCACAAGAGGAAGCAAAGCAGCUCACGCCGCCGCCAUGUCCGAGGCUUAUUUCCGGGUGGAGUCGGGUGCGCUGAGCCAUGAGGAGAACUUUCUUUCCUUGGACGACAUCUUGAUGUCCCACGAGAAGCUCCCGGUGCGCACAGAAAUUCCCAUUCCACGCCUCGGCGCUUUCUUCCCGGAGCGGAGCGGAGGGGCCGACACCGACAACACCAUCCCUCAGGGCUCAAAGCUGGAACUCCCCUUGUGGCUGGCAAAAGGACUUUUUGACAACAAGCGGCGGAUCCUCUCUGUGGACCUUCCCAAGAUCUACCGAGAGGGUUGGAGGACUGUGUUCAGCGCAGAUGCCAACGUGGUGGACCUCCACAAAAUGGGGCCCCAUUUCUACGGGUUUGGCUCCCAGCUCCUGCAUUUUGACAGCCCAGAGAAUACAGACAUUUCCCAGUCUCUCCUCCAGACAUUUAUUGGACGUUUUCGCCGCAUCAUGGACUCCUCCCAGAAUGCGUACAAUGAAGAUACUUCGGCACUGGUCGCCCGGCUGGACGAGAUGGAGAGGGGCUUAUUCCAAAUGGGGCAGAGAGGCCUGAACGACUUUCAGUGCUGGGAGAAGGGGCAGGCUUCUCAGAUCACAGCGUCCAGCCUGGUUCAGAACUACAAGAAGAGAAAGUUCACCCACACGGAAAACUGAAGGUCACGGACACAGCAUCGCCCCUCGUAGACUCAUCCCUGUGUGGCCUUGUGAAGAGCCUGGUCGGCCCUGGAAAGGGCCAGCCUUGACGUGGCCUGUUCCCUGCAGCGGUCUCGGGAACGGUGUCAUCUGGUCGGGAUAGGACGUGCUGGAGGGUGUCCCUGGCCCCGGAAGUCUUCCAGGACUGUCCCACCCUGCCGAC